AUGUGUGAUGAAUAUCGUCAUUGGAAACAUGCCGAAAAAGCUGCAUUAAGAUGGCAACAACAGCAAAGAUUACGAAUGACAGCAUCACAUCAUCCUCAUUCUCAUCAACAUCAUCAAUUGCAACCAUCAAUGGGUAGUACAAGAGAAAUGACAUCAUGGUUUUCAUUACAUCCAGCCGAUUAUACGGAUGGUCCAAUUGGUUAUUUAUCUAAAAGCCAAAAUAAUCCUUUAUUAAAUAAUAGCAAUAAAACAACGCGUUUCAAUUUACCAAGAUAUUUUCGUACAAAUAUUUCGAAUCAACAACAAUCAUUAAAUCAUCAUGAUCAUCAUCAUCAUCAUCAACAACAACCACAACAAUUACAAUCAUCAACGAAAUUACCUCGUACAACGAUGACAUCAUUACCAUUAAAUGGUCACCAUCGUGUUAAUAGUACUGAUCGUUUAUUGGAUACGAUAUUUAGUGGUACAAAAUUAUCCGAUAUAGAACCUAUAACUAACAAUACAAUAGGCAAUAAUGGAUUAAAUCGAAAUCAAUGUUGUCAUUGUAUGAAUUGUUCACAGACAUGGUUUUUUCGUAAUGAUCGACAUGGUGAUUGGUGUUGCCAACGUGGUUAUUAUCAGCCACCGAAACGUAAUCGUUUACCAUUCGGUGCAGCAUCGUCCGUAAAUACAUUUAUGCGUCAAUUGCGUAAUGAUCCAUUAGAUUCAUUAAUUGAUGCAUCAGUAGAAACAACAAAAAACAUAAAACAAAAUCAUCACCAUCAUCAUCAUCAUCAUAAUCAACAACAAAAACGAUCAUAUAAACAACAACAUCAUCAAAGACAACAACAACAACAACAACAAAAUCAUGUACAAUCAACAGCAGCAGCAAUUCGAAAAUGUUUUCAGCCUUUAUCGACAAAAUCACAAUCAAAUUCAACAACGACAACAUCAAUAGUAGCCGAUAAUAAAUGUAAAAUACUUGAUGCUGUUAACAAUCAUUUUAAUGGUUUGAAUAAUCAAAAUUGUAACCAACUUAACCAUUAUCAUCAUCAACGUAAUAAUGAGAUAAGUUCAGCCAAAAUAGCAUUACCAAAAGCAGCUAAACAUCAACAACAACAACAACAACUACAUCAGCGAAAUCGAAAUCGAUUGUAAUUAUUCAGGAAAAAAAAUCAAUGCGGAGUAAAAUUUUUUUCGAUUGUAUCAAUGGAAUAUAAUCCAUGUGACAAUGAUAAAUUGACCAUUUUCGCUUUCUUUUCGCAUCAUUCACGGUUAAUUCCAUGUGACGUAUCAGCAAUCACGUUGCAGAAAUAGCAACAGAAAACAUAUGAAAAUUGGCAAUGAUGAUAAUCAUCGUGAUUAAAACAAAAAAAUAGAAGCUAGACAUGACGUAUUCCUGACGAAUUCAUAUGAUGAUGAAGUUGAUUAACAUUGAUCAAUGCGA